AUCUCGCCUCCUCGCGUCCGAUCGAUCCCCAUCCCCUUCCAUUGCGUGCUGGAGCCCUCCUCCGCGCGCUUUCUCUGGUGACGCCGUCCAUGUCUCCUCCUCUCUUCCUGCACACUGAUUGAGGUCUUCAUUCUUCUCUCUCUCUCUCUCCUACUGUUAGCUACCUAGGGUUUGCCAUGGCCAUCACCUUUUUUGAGCCAUCACACUUUACUCUCUCUCUCUUCACCCAUGACACAUCCAUCCAGCCACCCCCACUAGCUCUCUAGCUAGCCAUCCUCCUCAUCACCCUCUCCGCCUCUGUCUCUUGCUGUCUUGCGGCACUGUUCUUAGCUGCAGGUAGCUCCGUCCAGCUCGACGGUUCUCUCUUAGCAGCUAAGGAAGGCGACAUAAAUUAUAAAAGGCGCCACUUGAGGGCAGGGCCAAGGAAAGUUGUGGUUUCCAACUCCUCACCUCACACACUCUCUUCUUCUCUCCUUCGUUCUCCCUCGCAAAGUCAGGGUCACUGAAAGUAGCGGAAGAGCCCAAGUAGUUCUUCGCCACCGGUACCGCAUCGAUCAUCAUGGUGUUCUCCUCGCUCCCGAUCUUCCUAGACCCUCCCAAUUGGGGCCAGAUGCAGAUGCAGAUGCAGCAGCAGUCACCGCUCCAGUGUCUCCUCGGCAGCGGCGGUGGCAGCGACCACCACCACCUCAUGCCUCCUCCGUCCGGCCUGGCGCCGCUGCCGGGGGGUCCUGCUGACACAGCGGCGAGCGGUCCGGCGGGAGGCGGCUCGUCCACCUCGGCCUCAGUGCAAGCCGCGGCGGGAGCGGGGGCAGGGGCGCAGCCUCGCCCCGUGGUGUCGAUGGCGGAGCGCGCCCGGCUCGCGCGCGUGCCGCUGCCGGAGCCCGGCACGCUCCGAUGCCCGCGCUGUGACUCGACCAACACCAAGUUCUGCUACUUCAAUAACUACUCGCUGUCGCAGCCGCGCCACUUCUGCAAGGCGUGCCGCCGCUACUGGACCCGUGGCGGCGCGCUCCGCAACGUGCCCGUCGGCGGCGGGUGCAGGCGCAACACCAAGCGCUCCAGCAAGAAGUCGUCCCGCGGCGGCGGCGCGGGCGCCACGGCGGCAACCUCCUCGUCCUCGACCACCUCCACCUCCACCACGGCCACUACCACCACCACCACGAGCGCGGCCAUGGCGGCGGCCGAGGCCAUCGCCGGCAUGCAGGCGCAGCUGCCCCACCUCGGCCUCCCGCCCGCAGCGGCCGCCGCGGCGCUUGAGGCCUCGCUGGAGGGCUACCACCACUACCUCCCGCUCCAGAUGCAGCCGCAGUUCCUGCAGCAGGCUGGCCUGCACGGCUACCAUUUCGCCGACGACGGCACCGGCGUCCUCGCAGCUGACGGGUUCCCGAGGGGCGUCGUCGCCUCGGGGCUGCUCGCGCAGCUCGCGGCGGUGAAGAUGGAGGAGCACGGCAGCAACGGCGGAGGUGCCAUCGCGGCGCAUCAUGAGCAGCAGUCCUACUGGCCCGGCAGCACCGGCGGUGGCGGUGGGUGGCCGGUGGAGUUCUUGUCGGGGUUCAGCUCAUCCUCGUCGGGGAAUGUGUUGUGAGUUGCAUGUGGCCGCGUCCAGGUCCACCUGGGCAUGCAUGAUGGGGGGCAUGCAUGCAUGGAUGCUGAUGAAGCUGAACUAGCUCACCAUCCUCAAUUAGUUCUAGGGUUUAUGUGGUGUUUGGAACUUAAUUGGCGUCGUCUUCUUCAAUUAGGCUGGUGAUGAUCUUGUGUUGGGGUAAGGUUUUUACAUGUUUUUUUUCUUAUGAGUUUUAAGCUGGUUAAUGUCGUGCAGUUGGUAGUUUUGCAUGUAGUGGGAAGUGCAUGUGUUGACUCAUGGAGGUUAUAUGUGUCAGGUUACUUAACUAUACUAUGUUUAAUUAUAUGAGAACUUGGUGGGCAUAGUUGUACUAGUACAACCCGUUUCUAAAUUGCAGAUGUGUGUUUGGAUGUUUUAUUGUU